AUGAACACUGACAUUACUGCCUUGGAGAAGCCCCAAUUCCCAGUCGUUGAUCGGAAUCCUCCGUUCACUAAAGUCGUCGGAAAUUUCAGCACCCUUGAUUACCUCCGUUUCUCUACUAUUACCGGCAUUUCCGUCACCGUCGGCUAUCUAUCUGGGAUUAAGCCUGGGAUUAAGGGUCCGUCAAUGGUAACGGGAGGAUUGAUCGGACUCAUGGGAGGUUUCAUGUAUGCGUAUCAGAACUCGGCGGGUAGACUCAUGGGGUUUUUCCCCAACGACGGUGAGGUCGCUGAUCACCAGAAGCGUGGUGGUUUCAACAAAUGA